AUGGCCACAGAAGAUGAAGCAACGAGCAAGCUCAAGGUAUGGAGAUCCGCUGCGUACCGAAAAGGCACCGACACCCAGCUCCUCAACAUCAAAUCUGGCGCUCAUCCAACGAAUCUUUUCAUCCUUUCCGGUGACCGCUUUGAAGCCUCGAAGGCAUUUCGGGCAGGAGACUUAUCGGUGCGGAUAAUAAGGUUAUCGGGCAACCCUGUGUCCAUGGUGACUUGCAUGGUCGGGGAUCACCAGUGGAUGCUGGCGAAGGACUCAAUGGUGCUCCGUGUCGGGCCCCGCUCGUUUGUGUUUGCACUGCCAGGGCUGCUUUAUGGGCUGGCAUUGCCGGCAGGCGGGCAGAUGGAGCAGCGGUUGGAGAUGUUGGAGGAGAUCUUUGGUAGCUUCUGUGCUUAUCAAGAUCUCGUGGCCAAAGAUGGAUCCAAGUUGGACGACCCGAAACCCGAACCCGACAACUGGGCCAAUGCAUACACCAAAAUUCUCACUCUUGCUGCCGAGGCCAGCGCCAAAAUCUCCACCACCAGCCUCACACCCAAGUCGUCAUCAACCUCCUCAUCAUCAGACUCAUCAUCAGACUCGACAUUGAAAAAGAUACAGCGCGCUGUUAGAAUGUCGGCAGCAAUCAAGCUACUCUCCAGGGCCCUGCUCAGCGGGUCGUUGAUCCCCGGCAACCACCUCAUUUGUGUCGCCCGUUGACACCGCGGCGCCGCAGUAGUGCAUACCUACCCGACAAUGUGGGCCAUAGCAGACAUUCUGGAUGCCAUUGAGGCUGGUAAGUCACCAUUGUCGAGGUGCGACGGGAGGUGGGAGUAG